AUGCCGCCUAGAAUAUCAGGCCAAGGGGUCCGCUUCGCCUUCAGGGAGUACACCUCAGCCUCCGCGCAAGCAUCGACCCUUCCCCGAGCGCCAAAGCCGCGCAAAUGGCCUGCCCGAGUCGCUGUCGCCGCCGGACUUCUUGGUGGAGGAUAUGCGUAUGAUCGCAACUUCAACGCCAGUGCUGUCUCUCGAUCGCUACGUACAGCGUACAUAGGGAUACUAUGUACCCUGGACUACAAGAUCAACUUCUCACCUCGGAAUGCGGACAAGAUCGAGGGACUGCACCAGCGAGUCGCGGACCGGCUAAGAUAUGUGAUUGAUACCAAUCAAGGGCUAUAUCUUAAGCUUGGUCAGGCAUUGGGGCUGCAAGCUGCGCUCCUGCCCAAGCCGUAUCGAGAGGCGUUCGGACAUGUCUUCGACAGAGCUCCAUCCGUACCUUGGGCCGAGGUAGUAGAGGUCUUCCAGAAUGAUCUCAAGCUUCACCCGGACGACAUUUUCGACUACUUCUCGGAUGAACCUCUCGCCUCCGCCUCGAUCGCGCAGGUUCACCGAGCUAGCCUGGCCCCAAAAGCUGGCGAGGCAAAGGGGACUAUCGUAGCCGUCAAGGUGCAAAAGCCUGCUAUCGCCAAGCAGAUGGACUGGGAUCUGUGGUCAUACAGAACUCUGAUGUAUGUGGCGGAGAAGCUCUUUGACAUGCCCAUGUACUUUGUCGCCAACUACGUCUCGCAGCAGAUGCGGCUCGAAACGUCUUUCCGGAACGAGGCCAAUAAUGCUCGACGUUGUGCCGAGCUGCUCGCUCAGACACCAGAGCUGAGGGAUGAUAUCUAUAUCCCGAAGGUGUAUGGCGCAGCGGAGGGUUACCCAGAGAGCGAUAGGAUCAUGGUCAUGGAAUGGGUGGACGGCUGCAGGUUGAAUGAUAAGGAGGCCAUGGAGGCGAUGGGUAUCAAGCCCAGAGACGCCAUGGACCUCGCUAUCGCGCUCAAUUCGGCCAUGACCUUUUCGUGGGGUUUCGUACAUUGCGACCCUCAUCCUGGAAAUAUCCUCGUCCGGCAGCAUCCGACAAAGAAGGGCAAGCCUCAAGUUGUCCUUAUCGACCACGGUCUCUACAUCUCCCUCUCCAAGACCUUCCGGGAAGACUACUGCACCCUCUGGCGCUCGCUCUUCGUCCUCGACGUCCCCAAGAUCGAAGAAAUAGCUCGAGGAUGGGGCAUCGCCGUCGACGCCAACAUGUUCGCCUCGGCCAUCCUUCUGCGCCCGUUCCGAGUUUCGCAGAAAAAGGAGGAGAAUCCCGGACCGGAGCUAAGCCAGUAUGAGCAGCAGGUGGAGCUGAAGCGGAGGAUGAGGACGAUGUUGGAGAAUGAGCAAUUGAUACCGAGAGAACUCAUCUUCCUCACUCGGUGUCAACGUAUGAUGCAAGCCAACAACCAGACUCUCGGCUCCCCUUCCUCCCGCGUCAAUCUUUCCGCCAAAUGGGCGUCUAUCGGCUACACCCGCUCCCUUACCGGCUCGCGUGACCUGCGCAGCGUCGGACUGUGGACAUGGAUCAAGGAUCGGUCAAAUGCGGUGAUCUUCAGGUUUACGCUCGGCGCGGUGGAUCUUGCAUUUUGGAUCACUACGGUCAAGCAACGCUUAUGGCCGCCUGCGAAGGGUGAAGGUUGGGAGGAUAAGCUGCAAAAGCAGUUUGAGAGUAUGGCGAGGGAGGAGUUUGGGAUAGAGAUUGACGACAAGGUGUUUUUGGGGUAG